AAACAAACAAGAAGAUGGAAAGCUAAAAAAAGAGUUAUGAUUGAGUAGACAAACUAAUAAUAAAUAGCAUGUAUGGAUGUUUGUAUGUCAUGUGAAGAACCUGAUUAAGGUCUUCAGGCAUGAUUUUCUAUUAAUGCCCCGUAAAAGCAUAAAGACAGAGAAGCCUCCACUGCUGUUCUUGGAGCGGCCUGUGGGUGGAGCCAGAUUCAAAAAUGGACCUGAAGUCCGAGCUGCAGACAAUCCCAAAGCUUUUUUCUCAGAGACACAAGCACAUAAGAGCUUUAAUUCUUGGGUAAGCCCACAAUUUGACAGUUCAGUUGCAGCUGUACUCCCUGUGAGACGAGGGAGGAGAAAAUGCCACUCUGCCACAAGCAUUCUUGACGGUUGCAGUCAGCUGUCCAGGAAAAACAGCGUGUGCAAAUUCCCCUCAUUAACGUUUGAGACAAGGUCAAGAAGAGACCAGCCUAAUCAACCAAAGCAUACACGCAGAAGGAAAGCUACAGAGUCUGCUGUCGUGCCCGAUGCAGGCAAUCAGCCACUGGGAUCCUGCCAGAUUACAAGUGGAGUUUCUAGUGCACAGUGCCUCGACACGCCAAAGAGACAGUCAGCCUCAAUCAGAAAAAGGAGUGCAGAGACAUAUUCUGAUGGUGCUGCCUCAUCCAGCAGAUGUUUGGGUGAGUCUCCACCCAUCCAAGUGACAGAGAAAUGCAGAAAUCGAGCAGAAGGUGCAUCAACACCUGCUUCCAAAGAGUUUGGCUCUGCUGAUGUCAGCACUGAAGUCUUUCUGCCACCUGAUGUGGACACUCCAAAAGCAAUACAAGAAGAGAGUAGCUGUCCCUCCUCUCCCUCCCCCUCUCUACAUUUGCUACUGGCUCGGCCGUGUACACCACCACAUAAUCAGCCGCCUGACAUUUUGGUGGCUGACACACCAGAGAGGGACUAUGGGGUGAAGGUGACAUGGAGGAGGAGGAGGGGUUUGAUGUUGUUGUCAAUAGAGAGAGGUCAUCUCUCCAAUUUGGAUGCACUAAUUCCAAGAUGAUGUCAGUCAAAAGAGGAUCAGGCAACAACCUCAUCAAAGAGGGGACAUGAAUUAUUCCCAGAAACACUUCUGUUA